AUUUGGACAGAGCAGAAUAUUAGAAUGUGCAUUUGGUUGCGUUUUGUUGUUGAAUGAAUCAAUGUGAGAGUUUUAAAGUUUACAUAGGAAAUGUGUAUGUAGGUAAUGCAUUUCUUCUAAACAAGUACAUUUUACAAUAUCAAACCAGUUCUAGAAAUUAUAUCUAUGGAUUAUACUGGUGUUUAGAUGCUAUUAUAGUUGUUCAAAUAUCUAGCAUUUGCAACUAUUAAUAGCAAUAUAUUAUUAUAUUACUGUGCUUUAAUGUAUGUGUACAGCCUACAUUUUGUUCUAAUCAUUGAUCAACAUGCAGCAAGAACUUACUGUACAAAAUGUUUCAUUCGUAACUUUUAAACUUAAUGGAUUCAGUGAUUUGGGAGAAUGGAGGCCUUUUCUGUUCAUUCCCUAUUUCCUCAUGUUUUUACUGUCAACCGUGGCAAACUCAGUUCUCAUAUACCUAAUUGCAUCUCAGGUGGCUCUGCAUACUCCUAUGUGUAUACUUAUCGGUGCAAUGGCUGUUGUGGAUCUGUGUUUGCCAAUUUUCUUUGUACCAAACAUGCUGCUCAGCUUCUUAUUUAACUGGAAUGGAAUUUCUCUUGUAGGAUGUUUAAUACAGAUGUUUUUUAUCCAUUAUUUUGGUACAUUUCAGUCUACUUUACUGGUAUGGAUGGCUUUGGAUCGGUACUUUGCUAUUUGCAAGCCUCUAUAUUAUCACAAAUAUAUGCAGAUACCCAACUUUCUAAAGUAUAUUAUUGCGCCAGUAAUCAGAAAUAUAAUUUUAAUUACCGCAAUGGUCUCUCUGGCAGGAAGACUGAAGUUUUGUUUGAAAAAUGAAAUGGAUCACUGUUUUUGUGAACAUAUGACUCUGGUUCAACUAGCAUGUGGAGACACUUCUAUUAACAACAUAGUAGGUCUCACAACUAUAUUUCUAAUACCCUCUGCAGAUGAUGUUUUCUUUACUUUGUCUUAUUUUGUGAUUCUUGCACAUGUGUUAAAAGCUGGGAAGUCGCAUUUAAAGGCUAUUAAUACUUGUAUCACACAUUUAAUUGUCAUGGCAGGGGCCUUAAUUUUUGCACUGAUUGCCUUCAUGUCUUACAGAAUAAGAAACAAUUUCUCUUCUAACAGCCGUGUCUUUCUGAGUACAAUGUACCUCCUGUUUCCAAGCUGUUUUAACCCAAUUAUUUAUGGAGUGAGAACAAAAGAAAUAAGAGAACAGUUCCUGAAAUUUAUGAAUCGAAUUAAGGUUUUACCACAGUGGUAGAAUAAUGAAGAUUAAAAAUACUGUACGUGGCAAAGUAAGCACUUUAUUCAUGAAGAUUUUAAGUAGAUACACUUUUACAUAUAAGACUUAUAAAUCUUUUAUCUGUUUAAAAAAGGAAGGGAAUUCUUAAUCUAGAUAUAUAUAUGUCAGUUUUUUGCCCCUUACAGAAAAACAUGUAUAUAGAUAAACUAACAGAGGUCUGUGUAUUAGAAAGGUACACUUUCUUGUUGUAUUGUACAUGCUUUUAUUCUAUGUCGCUCACUAGCGCAUGUCUUGCAGCAAGUCUGAUUCAUAAAGACAAAUAAACACAAAAACAAUAAUACAGUCAAUAUGAUUAAUAUAUCAAUAUGAUUAACAAUAUUGUAAGUAGCAACUCACUUUAAAAUAACCAUUAUCCAAAUAAAAAAA